AUGUUCGAGUCCACCGGGAUCACCGUCGCCGUCCUCUUCUCCGAGACGUGCGACGGGCACAUAGGCCUCCUCCUCCACCCGUCGACCGCCCUGAUGCAGGACGCCGCGCGGCCCAAGUACCACGUCGGGCACGGGUUCCGCCGCGCGAACGGCUCGCUCUGCGUCCGCCAACUCGUCGCACUCGCGCGUCCCCGCGGGCGCGACCUCUUCAUCGCGGACGCGCCGCCCACGCGCGAGCGCGACGAGCGGCUCGUGCUCCGCCACGCGCUGCAUUGCCUGCGGCCCGCGCCACCGUUACGGGUGCCGCACUGGCUGCUCGGACGGCUGGCGGCACUCGGGCUGGAGCUGAGGCGGCCGACGGUCGUGAGCCAUCCGAGCGCGGAGGGGGAGCCGUUGCUGUGCAUGUUGCGCUUCCAGGACUUGCGCGGGAGGGAGGCGGUCGAGAUCGUCAUGGGGACGUGUGACCGGUGCGUCUUGGGCGAUGAAGAAGACGAGGAAGACGAUGGGACUGAGGAGGCAUCACAACGAAGAGCCUCCACAGCUGCCCACGGCCGUCAAGAACUCUGGAGGGGCCGCAACGGUGGAUCAGGAUUCAGCGAAACAGCAGACACCUGCGCGCGCGAAGACCCACCUUUCGUGAGGAUCACGGUCAAGAACCACGUCAUCAGGCUCAUGUUGUGGCUCGUGCCCGGCUAG